UAUUAUGAUACACUGGGAGGGGCACAUUUAUGCUUCUCUCAUUUCCCCAAGGGUUGGGGCAAAAAUUGCUAUUAAAAUAUAUAAAACUCAAACGCUAGGAACAUUCGAUUCCAGUCCGCUACGAUUCAUUUCCAAAUGUGCUGUUGCCCUCGGUUUCGAUAAGAAAGGAUUUUUCCGGCUGGUGAACUGCUUCUGUUCGAAAGGAUUUUCCAACAUCUUUUUAAUUCGGUAUCGAGCGCGCGCGGUUUUGGUCUCCGUUUUUUGCGGUUUGGACCGGCCCUGGGUGAACGGCAAGCUUGCGUGGAAAAGUUCUGUGUUGGAGAAGGAAAAUUUCAUCUCGGUUUGACCAGAAGACACAGAAACGAACGAAUACAAAAAAAAAAGUGGAAGAAGCGUGAAACGAGUGAACCGGAAAAUUGUGUGCAUUCGAGGCAGUUUUUCUUGCCAAGUUCAACCGGCUGAAGGAAUAAAGAUGAAGCUCACGCGCAAAUAUUUAUUUCUUUCGCUGCUAGUAGUGCUGGUCAGUUGCGAAAACAAUGAGGAGAAAAAUCAACCAAAGGAAUCGACUCAAAAAGUGUCCGACAGAAGCGACGGUGUAGUUAGCAGUGGCGAUGAUAAAGCCCAGAAUAAACGAGGAGCCCCAAACAUUCAAACUAUUGUUGGAACUCCCCAGCAUGGCUAUAUUAAUCAACAGUUUGGAGGGGGUGCCGGGAUCGGAACUGCAUCUCCGGCAACCAUUGCAGCCGUUGGCCCAGUGGCCUACACUUCAUAUGGCCACCCUCAUCCUCACCAAGCCUUUUCCGGUGGUGGGACCCAGCUGGUGCAAAAUGCAGCUGCUGCAUCGCCACAGACGGUGUACCAUAAAAUAAAUUAUGUAGCCCCCAAUGCGGCCCUCAAAGUGGCUACCUUCGCUUCACCUGGCCAUUAUGAAUAUGCAUCCGCUGCUGCUGCAGCAACUCCUGUUCUGGCGAAGUACAACUACGCAGCGGCCAUACCUCAGUAUCAGUACGCCCACUAUCCGCAGUAUCAGGUGGUCCAGCAUCAUCAGACACCGGGCGCAACGAUCAUCACUACGGCCACCCAUCCGCAUCAACUCCAUCAAGCAGCCGCCACCACUUACCACCAGCAUCAACCGGUGGCAACGUAUAUUACAGCCCAUCAGCCGGCAGCCUUCCACUAUACACUCACGGCGGCACAGCCUUUGAUCCAGCAGCAUCAGCAGCAACAACAGCAACACAAUUAUCAUCAAUCGAUACAAACACAGCACGGACAUGCUCCGGUGGCCACCAUCCACUACCAUCAGACCCAGCAGCAGCAGCCUGCCGCCGCAGUCGUCGGAGUGCAACCCUCGGUUCCGGUUAUCCAUCAGGCUCCGCUCGCUUCCAUCAAUCAGGUGCACCAAGCAAGUCAGAUGUUUGCCACCCAGGCACAGCUGGCCAAGUACCCAACGAUUGCGCCCAUCUAUCCGACUCAGGCGACCGCGUCGAAUCAAAUUUACCACCAGGCUACCAAUUAUGCAUAUCCCAUUCAGUUCGGGCCCAAACAAAUUGUACCAACCGUUGCGACACCUAGCCAACUUAAACAACUGAUCCCCGUGACGACAGCCACGACUACUCACCAUAACGGAAAGGGCAUUAGUUAUGCCGCUUUUACCCAGCAGGCGAAUCCGGCUACUCUACAACAACUGCAGUCCCAAUCCGCUUACUACAACACAGCUGCCGCUGCCUCCAACCUCCAACAGCAUCAACAGAACCACCUAAACCAACAGUAUCAGCAGCCACGCAUACAAUUGUACUCCACGGUGGCAACCCCACUGCAGAAGCCAGCCAUCCUCUACUCCUCCCAGUAUGCUCAGCCAUCGAUUCCAGCGGCGAUUUAUGCCACUUCAAUGACACCCCUCCUCCAGCACUCUCAGCAGCAGCAGCAACAGCAACAGCAUCAGUCACAGUCCCAUCAGCCGAUUCAGUACGGAACGCAUCUACUCCAGCAGCAGCAGUCUCAAUCAUACAUGCCACUGGCCAAAAUCACCUACACACCGGGGGCCGCUUCGCUACAGAAAGGAUUCUAUCCGGUUCAAUGAAAACGGUUUAUCUUUCCUUCCCCACCUGUUGUUGUGGCGCUCCCCUCUUUCCGUCCUGAGUGAUUAGCAAUCGUCCUUCGUUCCGGUUUCUAGCUCCCUAUUUCGUGGGAUUGUAUUUAUUGGUUCAGAUUCGAAGUUGUAUAGUUGUAUAAGUUCUGUUAUUGUUUUUUUUUUUCAAUAAACCUAGU